UGUCAAAACAAACACUUCUUUCUUGAUUUAAUAGUUUUUGCACAUUUUCCUUAAUAUUAAAGAUUUUGUCACUGAAUUUCAAGUAAAUCUCUUAAAAAUGACCGCUGUUCCACCACCUACAAAUGUUUCGACUUUAUUGCCAUUAGAAUUGGUGGACAAAUGCAUUGGUUCCCGCAUACACAUUAUUAUGAAGAAUGAUAAAGAAAUGGUGGGAACAUUGUUAGGAUUUGACGAUUUUGUUAAUAUGCUACUGGAUGAUGUCACUGAAUAUGAAAAUACUCCCGAAGGAAGGCGUAUAACAAAAUUAGACCAAAUUCUUUUGAAUGGAAACAAUAUAACCAUGUUGGUGCCUGGUGGCGAUAUACCGGAGUAGUGUUCCUUCAUAUCUUACGUACAUUUUUUUAUACUUAAUUAAAUUAAAAAUUCAAGAAAAA